CGAGACGCUUUAUUUCACGCAACUAAAACUUCACCACCGGGGCUCAGCUGCCAGCCGCUCGCCAAAGCCGCAACAACUAGCCCAACAACAGAGGCCCGCUCGGCCUAGUCCACCGAGCACUCAGUCACUGAGAAGGAGACCGCUUUCGCCCCCGGAGUAGCCAUCGACAGCUGACGAGCUUCGACCGCCCGCUGGCGCUGGCCGUCACAUCCUAGCUGCCUCCAGCACUCCAGCCCCCGGUGGCAGCGGUUUAGCAGAACGAUUGGCUCGUGUAAGGCCUGAGGAACGCCAGGCCAAGAGUGGACUUACCAGAGAGCACAACAUUGUUGUUGUUGUUGUUUCGUUACAUGAUUAGGAGUGUGCGUGAAACAACGCGCAUUUGAAGUUAACUUUUGGUGUUUGGUGGGUAUUAUUGGUUAAGGAGGCGUCUUCCCUGAUGAGGCACUCGCAGAUGUGGACUACAUGCUGUCGCUGCACAAGGGGCAGCGUGCUAAGAAAGCGCAUGUGGUGAGAGGGUUCAGGCCAGGUGACCGCGUGCGAUUGCUGGAGGGCAACAGCACACCCGCUGCGCCGGCGCCCGCGAAGAAGCCUGCGGGGGGCAAGCGCGGCGGCCACAGGAACGGCAAGCUCGAGCAGGUGCAUGGCGAAACACACUUCGAGGUAUCACGCUUCGAGGCGAGCAAGUGAGCGCAUUAACAUCUAUCGCAGACCCACCGCUAUGGCCACACCCGUUGUGAGCGCCCAUCCAGCGCGCCCCAAGCGUUACACCGACUCCCGGCCUCAGCCGGGAGCUACGUGACCACGGCGCCACGCGCUACAAGAACACUGGCACCAUCAAGUGCAACAUGCUCAGCGCGGUUAAGAAGCACAACGAGGACGACGCCUCGGGCUCAUCCAAGAAGGGCGUUGUGCUGCUGCUGGCGCUCGCGCUGAUGGUGGCCGCUGCUGGCUGCGCGGCGGCGAGCUGUGGGCUUCAGGCCCGCGUUGUGGCGAUGCAGUUCCGCGCCAAUCGCGUCAAUUCUCUGCGUACAUGGCGGGGCUGGGUGAGGAGGGCGUGGAGGCCGCCCUUACGGCGAAGUUUGAUAGCCCCGAGGCCUUCUCUGCGUACAUGGCGGGGCUGGGUGCGAAGGGCGGUGAGAAAAGAGCGGAGAGCUGGAAGGCUGCUGCUGGGAGCGAUGAAGCCUACAGCGAGGAAAUGAAGAAGGUGCGGGCUGAGAGGGGUGUGAUUGGCAGGUGGAGUGUGUUGCUUGAUGGCGUGGGCAUGGCCCUGGAACGUCAAUGGGGGGGCUGUGCGCGUUCAGGGGUACACGGGGGACGUUCGGGACAGUCGUUGCGGAUGGGUGGGAGAGGACGGGCCGCGGGCAAGCUGCGGUGCCUGCUGUGCCUGGCGCUGCGGCCGCACGCCACGCCACGUACGCAGCCCGCGCAAGGGUAAGUCGCAGUCCAGCAUCUGCUGCAAUAGUUGCUGCAGUAAUUACAAGGUCAACAAGAAGGGCGUUGUUUCCAGCGUAAAGGGUGUCCGCAAGGGCAAGCUGACGGCGGAGCUGGCGGUGACGGCGCGCAAGGCGAUUGAGAUGAGGCAGAAGGCGGAGGAGGCUAAGGAGGUGGUGCUCGUUAGCGACAGUGACAGUGACGCGGCGUAGGCCUUUAUGGGGUGGCAAGCUACAGGUUUUAGUCACAUUCAAAGGGUUCCCUAAAGCGGAGUGGCUGCCUGCGAAGCAGCUGCAGGAGGACCUGAGCCCCGACGCCUACAGCGCGCUGCGCAAGGCGAUGAAAGUAACCUGAUGCAUCCAUGUUUAUAUAUCACGCAAAAUAUAUC